AGUAUUAAUUUACCGUGCAAAAACUUUCCGGGCUGAUGGUCGCAGAAUUCUAGAUGCUUCUGGAAUUGUGUGGUCGAUCGGCACAGAGAGAGAGAGAGAGACGCUCCUAUGAUCCAGAGUCCAUGACAAGGUGCAUGUGCUAGCAGAUCUUCUUCCCUCACAAAAUCCCCAUUCACGAAAGAACCAUCUCCUGCACCGCUUGGCCCCCACCCAAACAACGAGGGUUUCGUUUCUUCCUCCCUAAGCAAAGCAAUCCGUCGUCUUCUCCGCUCUCGUCAAUCCGAUUCUCUCUCUCAAAGUCUUCGCCAUCUAAGGGGUUCGAUUUUCUCCCUCUAUAUCAUCUCGGUCUUCGUACAAAGUCAAGCUUUGUAUACCACAAACCCUAGUUCUUAGCAAGCAGAGUUCGGCAGAUCAUCAUACAAUGGAAGGUUCCAGUUCAAGUGAUAGUGGUGGUGCAAGUUCAGAAUCAAUGGUGGAGCUGAAUAUAAAGACUCUGGAUUCACAGAUCUAUAGCUUUCAUGUGGAUAAAAAUAUGCCAGUAUCACUGUUCAAGGAGAAAAUAGCUAGUGAAAUUGGGUUGCCAGUUGGGCAACAACGUCUCAUUUUUAGGGGAAAAGUCUUGAAGGAUGAUCACCUGCUUUCUGCAUAUCAUGUUGAAAAUGGGCAUACAUUGCACUUAGUUGUCAGGCAGCCUUCUGAAUCACAGCCUGCUUCUGGGACAAAUUCUGGAGAGACAAGUGCAAAUACUGGUAAUAGAGGACCGGAUGCUAAUACUGCUGCCCCACGUAAUCGCAUUGGACAAAUAUCUCAUAGUGUAGUACUUGGGACCCUUAAUGUUGGGGACCAGGGGGAAGGCAUUGUACCAGAUCUGACUCGGGUUAUUGGGGCGGUUCUGAAUUCGAUUGGACUUGGGAGCCAGAAUGCAAGUAAUGUUGUCGGGGGUGUGCAACCCACUAUGCAGUUCAACAUUCCAGUUCCGGCUCCGCAAGGGCAGGCAACAGAAGGAACACGAAAUAACUCUGGUGCUCAAGGCCAAGCUGGAACUCAAGCACAGCCUGGACAGGCAUUACCCAGCCAAUUCUUACCCCAGGUUUUGCAAAUGCCAUUGGGGGCAGCAAUAGCCGUUCCUUCUCUUAAUGCGCCAAUUCCAGAUUCUUUGCACACGCUUUCUGAGUUCAUGAACCGCAUGGAGGUGGUACUGUCACAAAAUGGGUAUCUACCAAAUCAAUCACCUUCCAACAGUGGAGAUCGACCAACAACGGAAUUGCCUACCACUGCACGCGGACUGUCAACACCUGAAGCAUUGGUUGUUGUUCUACGGCAUGCGCAGCGUCUGCUAAGCAGUCACACUGUUGCUGCACUAUCGCACAUUGCAGGACGUCUGGAGCAGGAGGGUAGCUCUAUGGAUCCUACAGUUCGGGGUCAAAUUCAGACAGAAUCAAUGCAAGUAGGGUCAGCAAUGCAGCAUUUAGGUUCUCUUCUGCUAGAGCUUGGGCGGACAAUUUUGACUCUGCGCAUUGGUCAAUCUCCUGCUGAGUCUUAUGUUAAUGCCGGUCCUGCAGUUUAUAUUUCUCCAUCUGGGCCAAAUCCUAUAAUGGUUCAGCCAUUUCCUCUUCAAACCAACUCUCUGUUUGGUGGUUCUCCGGUUGGUUUAUCAAAUCCUGGGGCUUUUGGACCUGUUGGUAUUGGAGCCGUUCCAAGACAUGUAAACAUCCACAUACACACUGCUGUUGGUCCUAGGGCACCUAAUACAGAAGGAGUGCAGGGAGAACGUGUAAAUCGAACUGGUUCUGGUGAUUCCGGCCAAACACGAGCUCCGUCCAUGAGAAAUGUUACUGCAACUGCUGUCCCAACUCGACCCACUGUGACAGGUUCCAGUACUCCUCAAACUGCUGCUUCUGUUCCACAGCCGUCGAAUGAUUUGGUUCCGCUAUCUACACUUGUAGCCGAAGUCAAUUCACGAAUUAGGAACUUUGUUGAUGACAUGCGGAGUGAAAACCAGGCUCCAUCAGGUCAAGCAGAGAGUUCAAGCGAUCAGAAUCCACCAGUUGUAUCUGGCGGUGGGAAUGAUGAAGGGAACCAUCAGCUUAUAAAUGCUGUUGACAAAGGAGCUGGCGAGGCGAGGGAAGGUCAGAAGGCACAUCUAGAAAGCAGCCAUACGAGCAAUGAACAGGUCACAGAGAAUGGUGUGAAACAAAAAGAUUUGCCUUCUGGUAGCUGUUCUGAUACAGAAACUACAUUGAAGUCGGUGGUUGGCUCUGAAUGUGCUCCAAGAUCUGCUCAGGGGAACACUAAUCUAGAUGGUACCACAGCUGUUCCACUUGGAUUAGGGCUUGGAGCUUUGCAACCUAAGAGUCGAAGUAGGCAACCAAGAUCAGUUGGCAGGGGUAGUGGUAGUACGACCUCUAGUGCUCCUAGUCAAAACCAACAACCAACUGUAGAUGGACAUCAGGCUUUGCAAUCUCUUGCCUCUCUUGCAAACCAGGGGAAUAUAAAUUCCCCAUCUCCAGGACAGCUACCUCCUGCCCUAGGGCAAAUUAUGGAAAGUCUCCAAAUGGGAGGGCAAGGAGCUGAAUCAGCUGAUGGCAAUUUUGAUGCAGCAAGUGUUAUGUCUCAGGUUCUUCAUACUCCUGCUUUAAAUGGUCUACUGGCAGGGGUUUCAGAACAGACUGGUAUAGGUUCUCCUGAUGCUUUGAAGAAUAUGUUACAACAGUUUACUCAGAACCCUGCGAUGAGGAAUACAGUAAAUCAACUUGCUCAACAAUUUGACAGCCAAGAUCUUGGGAGCAUGUUUUCAGGUCUCGGAAGAGGCCAAGGAGGAGGCAUUGACUUGGCCAGUAUGGUUCAACAGAUGCUGCCCAUUGUCUCUCAAGCUCUUGGCGGCGGGCCCACAACCUCUCGACCGACAUCUGUCUUCAGACCUGAUCCCCAGUCUCAGUAUGUCGAGAGAAGUUUAGAUAGAGAUGAGAAAGCAACUGAUCAAGAAUCUCAGAUUGACCUCGAAGAAGUGGUUCAGAGAAUUGAACACCAGAAUCCUCCUGGUGAAAUUUUCCGUUCUAUGGCUGAAAGUGCUGCCAACUUGUUUGACAACGGUAGUGGAGACGAUCUUGUGAAUGAACUGUGCUGCGAUGAAGGUCUUGCCAGCGAAUUUAUGGAGGUUCUUGGUCAUGAUCUUCGUCAACGACUUAACAAUGAAAAAGGCUCUGGGGAGAAGUCAUGAUUAUAUUGUAUUGUCAAGGAAAGUUUCUGAUUAUUGUAAUUGUUAUGGAUGGUGACGUCCUUGGUAAUUAUUGGCACCGUUGUCACUUUUGAGUUUGUUUUUCCCUAUAUUAUUGCCUGCACAGAUGUUGUGCUUUCAAGUAUAGUUUAUCAAACUUGUUUCGGUUAAGUCGUUCCUAUUUAUUGAAAUGUAUUGGGAUAUUACCAUUCUGUAAUGCUUGUUAGUGCAUAGGUUUGCUUCCAAACCUUUAUUACA